GUAGCCUAUAUAAAAUGAAGCCAGUCAGCUCAUUUAUUCACAUUUGGUCAGUCAAGUGGCUUAAAGUAAAGACCUUCAAGAGACUAAAACAAUGAAGACUGUGGCAGCUCUGCUUGUUUUUGUCAGUUUGGCCAUUGUUGCCAUUGAAGGGGGGCCUGGGAUUGGAAUCCAAAGAUGUUUAUGUCAUGGUGAUGGUCUUAAUAGGGUGAAGCCAAAGCUAAUAGAGAAAAUUGAAAUUCACCCUAUUAGUCCAUCUUGUAAAAAUCUGGAGGUUGUUGUCACGCUGAAAAACAAUGAAGGUCGAAGAUGUUUAAACACAGAGUCAUUGUUUACCAAGUUCAUCAUUGAUAGAAUUGCAAAAAAGACCAGGAGUGCUCAGUAAAAUGUGUGAAGGUUGUGGCCACAGUGGACUCUAUUAUUAAAAAGCUGUAUAGAUUCUUUCAUUUAUUACAAUAGGAAUAUUUUAUAUAUUAU